AUGCCAUCUGCACAACCACCAGCAUCCCUCGCCUCCAGCUCCUCCGAACCAUCCUGUUCUCCCAUUCCUGCCAGCGCAAGCACAACAGCAGAGGACGCUCAUACUCGCUCCUCCACCACCCCCACCGGCCCCUCAUCCUCCAAGCAAGCGGCCAUCUCAGGCACAGGCACAGCGACUGACCGGGAUAAACCACGCCUCACAGAACAAGAAAAGAAGAACAACCACAUCGCCUCGGAACAGAAGCGACGAGCCGCGAUCAGAGAGGGCUUCGAUCGGCUUACGGAGUUGGUGCCGGGGCUGGAAGGCCAGGGCCGGAGCGAGAGCAUCGUGCUCCGCAAAACGGUGGACUUCAUACACUUGAAGCUACAGGAGAGGCAGGAGCUUAUUGCUGAGAUCGAGAGCAGAGGCGGACACAUUGACGAUGCGUUUCGAACGUGA